UCCUAGCUAGUAGUGCAACACUUUACCUACAGCAGUGAAGAAAUGUCGCUGUAUAUAUAAGCAUAAGCACACCAAUGCGGUUAGCCCAUCAUAUGCUCCAUUUGUACAGCUUCACGGAAGUCGCAGCAGUAAUUAAGAAACGGCAAAUGUUGAUCCGGCGGCGAGGGCGCCGGCGUGCACGCCGCAGCGGCGGUGGUGUCCGGCUGGGGUUGCUGCUCCGGCUGCGCGUGCGGCUGUCUGGCAUCGUCGGCCUGCUCGUCAGGGGCGUGGAGGAGCUCAGAUGCUGCCCCGCCCGUGGCAAGAUCGGCUGCUCGACGUCGAGAGCGCGCAGGACGGCGACGUCCCUUGGCGGUAGCUGCUGUCGCCGUACGGCGCCGGCGGAGAGGAAUCAGAGCUCCUUCUACACCGAGGCCAUUGCAGACUGCUUGGAGUUCAUCAAGAGUAGAUCGACCUACCUGCCAGCGAAGGAUGAUGAGGUCGUCAGUUUGAGUUAGUUUGAAAUUGUGUAGCCUUCCUUUAUGACGAACUUUCUGCUCCUGGAGUUGGUUUUAUCACUUUUAGGGAGAAUUUAAUUGGUCGUUUCUUACUGUUC